AUUACAGGUUGCUUUUUAUGAAAUUUUGAACGGUCUAUGGGUUAGGAACGGACUACAAAUCAAGGGUCAAGCAAUGACGUACAUCCAGUGCAACUUCUGCAACUCCAUGGUAGAUGCGGACCUCUAUCUUUUGCAGAUCUGUUGUACCAGAGUUAACACUGACAGAUUCAUCAACAUGGUUAUCGACCAAUUCCACAUUAAGGAAUUUAUGAAUUUGGGACCGUUCAGAUCACCACAAAACCCCCUUUUCAAGGGUGAUCCUGAUACGCCUAUGCUGGAAAGCUGCCUAAUGUUUUUAGCUACUUUGGUCAGCGUGAGGACCAACUUAGGUUUACCGGAUACAGUUCUGAAUAGAUUAGAAAUGGUAACUCUUCUGUGUAUGGGUGACAAGACGCAUUCACAAUUAAUGGAAUUGAUGCCUGAAAGGUGUGGAACUCAGAGUAGAGACUUCGAAGCUCUCUUAGCUGAAUGUGCAGAUUACAGGGCACCAGCUCUUGAAGCUAGCGGUAACAUGCAACAAGGGAUGUACGUACCAAAGGCCAGCGUGUGGGAGAACCAUUACGACCCCAUCCACGUACUGCUCAGGGCUGUGCACAGGCGAGACUUCCAAAACUCCAUAGAUAGAUAUACAGAAUAUUGUAGGCAAAACAACAAACUGAAACCCGGUGUGAUUCCCUGGCCACCUUUUAGAACACCGGCUAAAGUCGGCGACAAUUACAUCGAUCCAAGACAUAUUUUAACGUGGAAGGUGUUCCAUGCCAUGGCUUUUGUUAUUUUGUACAAAGCAGUGAAAGGCGUGGUCUCAGAACACGUGAUGGCUCUUAUAGUGUUCUUGCUCGAGCAGGCCGUCAACAUGACCAUAGAUUUUAAGGACACGUAUUCGAAACUAUGUUCACCAACACAAUCCAACAAAAAUCACCAGAUUGUUGACGGAGACCUGUCAAAUUGGUUCCAAACAGGUUACGUGUUUGACAACUUCAGAACAGUCAUUCCCAAGGUCAUAUUUCCCACUACCGUGCCCAACAUAGCUCCAACCCCCAUAGUGUACAGUUCACCUGAAAGCGAUUUAGGAGAGGAUGAGCUGAAUUCAUCCGAUUCAGAUGACGUUGUGAUGCCUGCCGAAGAUGAAGCUUCACGCAGACCGAAGCCUUUGAUGAUUGAGCAACGGCGUCAGUCGGGAGAUACGUCACGGAACGAUUUGAUGGACAUGAUACUGUAUACAGGAUCUUCAAAUUCCGUCGAUGAAGAACGAAGCGUUCCCGAGUCUCCUGUAGAAAUAAUUUCCGGUUGUUUGGCAUUACCGUCUGCUCCGUCUACAGAACCCAUGGAAGUGGAUGAUAUGAGAGUGGCUCUACCUGGAAUGAAAGCUUUAGCCAAUCAACUUACAACUGCCCUAUCUAAUUCUGACCACGCACCAGCGCCACAAGCCCUACCAUCACCUGCUUACCUUCCGGCGUUGAUGGCGGGCACGGAAAUGGUCAAGUCCAAAGCAGGACCGAGCAAAUUGCUGUCUGACCUGUUCCAAAGGAGGAGGGAUCUAUCGAAAACCAAAGCUUUGCCUUCGACGUCUCACGGGUUUAGGAAGAAAACCCCGUACAAGACGAGGAAAUUGCCACCUGGGGAAUUUCCUGAAGAUCAGCCAUCGAUAGAAGUAAACGAAAGCAUCAUAUCCUUGUUGUUAAAACUACACUCUCAACUGUCAGGAAUACCUGACAGUUUCGACCCCGAUGACGAUGAGAUCGAUUAUUUUGCUGCCGGAGAUGAUAAAGUACCAUGCGGCGAUGGUACGUUCUACGUGGGAAAAUUGUUGAAGAAAAUAGCGAUGUCCGACUCGGGUUGUAACAGGUAUAUUCAAAAGACUAGAGGUCAGUUGUGGCCCUCGCAGGAAGAGAAUGAGAAAGCGAAGAAAAUGAGGGAGAAUAGAGAGCGGGAAGAAAGACGGAGAAGAGCCAAAGAGAGACAGCAAAAACUGAUGGCGGAGUUCACCAAAAAGCAAAACGAGUUCUGGAAACGCGAACAGGAAAAAAUGGAGACUGAAGAGAACGCGGAAAACAUGGAGCACAGCGCGUUGCCUAUCAGCAAACAAGAAUACGACUGCGUUAUAUGUAACAUAAGCUCGCCAAGUACUGAAGAAAAACCUAUGGGUUUGGUAGCUUUAAUUCAGGCUACCAGCGUUAUAGGUCAUAGAAGGCGGUACGGUCAGCCUGAAAGAGCCACAUUGCCUACUUGUGAUGACGAAAAAGAACAACUCAGGAAAGACGAUAUUUUGGCAGCGGAAAUGGACAGAAGAGCUGAGGAAUUCGACAUGCAUUUCAAUCCGCAAUCAUGGUUUCUGUCCAUCAACACUGGAUGGGAUGGAGGCGUGCACGUUCAAACUUGCGGGCACCACCUACAUUUGGACUGUCUCAAUUCGUAUCUAACCUCGUUAAGAUCGCAGCAGAGACAACAGUCUUUAUCUCCAGAAAAGGGAGAAUACUUGUGCCCCCUAUGCAGACAACUAGCCAACUCAUUCCUACCCCUGUCCCCCCAAUACGGCGACAAAUCCCAAAUGGUGCGCGCACGCGCCAACGAAAGCAUGGCCCAAGUGCUGGAGGAGAUCAGCGAGUUUCUCAACGACAACGACCAGAAACCCGUGGUGUCCAAUAUGUCGGAGGCCAUCGGCAAAGUGAUGGAGGAUAUGUCGAACAGUACGCAGAUCAAGGCGCUGUUCAAACCGAAGUACGACGUGCCCUUUCCCCAAAGCCUGUUCCUGUUCGUGACGUCGAUCGCGCGGACGAAUCUGGAGGUGGAGCUCAUUCAGAGGGGCGGGUCUUUGGUGGUACCGUCGGGGGAACCGCCCAAUCCAUUGUUACCUAAGAGAGAUUGCAUAGUUCCUUUACUGCACGUAUUAGCUGUCCACGCCAGGGUGGCCAAAGGCAUGGCCAGGUGGCCCUCGUGGAUGACCUUCAAGCAGUUGUGCGGGUUGCCGCCCAAGGAUCCCGUUACGUCACUGGCUCCUAUGGAAAUGGAGGUUCCAGUGUUGCUGAAAGAUCCCAUAGCUUUAUUGUUACAGUUUGUGUUAUUGUUGCCCUUACAUUUAGAUCAAACCUAUUUUACGACAACCGUCCAAAUGCUAUACAACCUCCUCUACUACCAGGUCGUGACACAAGUGUCGUGCGGCCUGACCGGCUCGGAACGAGCCAAGAUCGUAGCGAACGCCUCGAGCGAGGCGAUCAAGAAUUUCUGUGAUGCCUUAGGUUUAGUGAACGAGUGUCUGGGCCACACCGACCUCUACAUGGACGACGACGACGAAACUGCUGGUGGAUCAGCCGCGGAGGACGCCACUAGUGGCAAAACUUUGAACAUAAAUGCUCUGGAGCAGCAGGUUCAGAAGUUGUGCGUGCCUUUCCUGAGGAUAGCGUCGUUGUUGAAGUUUCAUAUAUACCAGCAGUCGUUGCCUGAAAUCCGGACGCCACAGAGUGAAUUCGUGCGUUUGGUGUAUUAUUUGGAGCUGGUCACGGAGUCGAUGGACUGGGAUUGUUUUAACUCUAGCGUAGCACUGAAUUGGCCACAGGGUACCGAUAUGUAUAGGUUUUCUCCGCAAUUAUGGUGCAACGAAUUCGCAUCUUUUGUAUCGAAAAGUCAAAUAGCAGCUAGGAGUUUCUUAAUAGAUCAACAUUCCGUGUGGCAUCCUCCAAGACUUUUGGCCUUGCCUAGGGAAUACGAAAAAAUAUUCACAUACUACCACGAGAGACCUUGCAGUCAAUGUCACUCGGUAGCGCAAGAAACGAGUAUAUGCCUGCUCUGCGGCACCAUAGUCUGUCUCAAACAGAACUGUUGUAAGCAGCAAAAUGUCUGCGAGGCAGUGGCGCACGCGCAGGAGUGCGGCAUGGGCACGGGAGUCUUUUUAGUCAUAACCUCCACGUAUAUUAUAGUUAUCCGAGGACACAGGGCUUGUCUCUGGGGUUCCCUGUAUUUGGAUGAUUUCGAAGAGGAAGAUAGAGAUUUGAAACGUGGCAAGCCGCUGUACUUGAGCAAGGACAGGUUCCAGUUGUUGGAGCAGCAAUGGCUGGCGCACCGGUUCGACCACACGAAAAAAACCUGGGUACAGCACCGCAACGCCCUCUAAAUACGAACCACACAUACUACACACUAACACAGGAACGUUUUUCCAUCAAAACUAGAGAGCAAAUAAACCGUUCUUUUUGGAAAACGAUGUAAACAA